UGCACGCGCAAUAGUCACUCGUCGAUCGGACGUGAAGCGUCGCAUAGUUGUUAGCAAAAGCUCCAUUACUUGCUUUCGCCAACUAUCGAUCACCCGUGGUUGCAGUUCUUUUUUUGUAAAAAGACGCUACUAAGUUAUUAUACAAAAUGCGUGAGUGCAUCUCAAUCCACGUUGGACAAGCUGGUGUUCAGAUCGGUAAUGCCUGCUGGGAGUUGUACUGUCUGGAACAUGGCAUCCAACCGGACGGCCAAAUGCCAUCCGAUAAGACUAUCGGAGGUGGCGAUGACAGCUUCAACACCUUCUUCAGCGAGACCGGUGCUGGUAAACACGUACCUAGGGCCGUCUUUAUCGAUUUGGAACCCACUGUAGUUGACGAGGUCCGCACUGGAACUUACCGUCAGCUCUUCCAUCCGGAACAACUGAUCACUGGCAAGGAAGACGCUGCGAACAACUAUGCUCGUGGUCAUUACACGAUUGGCAAGGAAAUCGUAGAUCUCGUGCUGGAUCGCAUUCGCAAGCUCGCGGAUCAGUGCACCGGCCUGCAAGGUUUCCUCAUCUUCCAUUCGUUUGGUGGUGGCACUGGCUCUGGUUUUACGUCUCUCUUGAUGGAACGUCUCUCCGUCGACUACGGCAAGAAAUCGAAGCUCGAGUUCGCCAUCUACCCGGCACCUCAGGUCUCCACUGCCGUGGUCGAACCGUACAACUCCAUCCUGACGACGCACACCACCCUUGAACAUUCCGACUGUGCAUUUAUGGUCGAUAACGAGGCGAUCUACGACAUCUGCCGGCGCAACCUGGACAUCGAGAGACCGACUUACACGAAUCUGAAUCGCCUGAUCGGCCAGAUCGUCUCCUCCAUCACGGCGUCUCUGCGAUUCGACGGAGCCCUGAACGUCGACCUGACGGAAUUCCAAACCAACUUGGUGCCCUACCCGAGAAUUCACUUCCCUCUGGUGACCUACGCGCCCGUCAUCUCGGCCGAGAAGGCGUAUCACGAGCAACUCUCCGUCUCGGAGAUCACGAACGCCUGCUUCGAACCGGCUAAUCAGAUGGUCAAGUGUGACCCACGUCACGGCAAAUACAUGGCCUGCUGCAUGCUUUAUCGUGGCGACGUCGUGCCCAAGGAUGUCAACGCGGCGAUUGCUACCAUCAAAACGAAGCGGACUAUCCAAUUUGUCGACUGGUGUCCCACUGGCUUCAAGGUCGGCAUCAACUACCAACCACCAACCGUCGUGCCUGGCGGUGAUCUUGCCAAAGUCCAGCGCGCCGUCUGCAUGUUGUCCAACACCACCGCUAUUGCAGAGGCCUGGGCCCGUCUUGAUCACAAGUUCGAUUUGAUGUAUGCCAAACGCGCAUUCGUCCACUGGUAUGUCGGUGAAGGUAUGGAGGAGGGAGAGUUCUCCGAGGCACGCGAGGAUCUCGCUGCGCUUGAGAAGGAUUACGAGGAGGUCGGAAUGGAUUCCGCGGAGGGCGAGGGCGAGGAAGGCGCCGAGGAAUAUUAAUUACCUGAUUACUCGCCUGCCUAUGUUACGGCUUUUCUCAAUAUCUCUUGUGUGUUUGAAAUAAAGUAACAGGUCCCAUUUGCAACGCAAACUUGUGGUUGAUUAAUGUGUCUGCACCUUUCUUGAAUUACAGUCGAGUAAAUUAUUGAAUAAUCAUUUUUGUAACUGUUGAUUGAGUUUAUUAAAAGUAUUAUUUUGCAA